CCGUUGCCGCGUGCGGUUGAUUUUGCUUGCCUCUGGCUGCUACGGGAAAUUCAGCAACGGUGCACGUUCAACUUGGCGCGUAUUCGAACUGUGCUUGUGGUGCGUGGUGGCGUAAAAGAAUUUGAAACAAUAUUAAUUAUUUUCAAGCUGCUGCCAUGCCCAAGGGCAGUUUAAGCGUGCGGCAACGCGCGCCUGCCUCCUAAAUUUGAACAGAGAGUGGUGAACAUACAGUGAUUUACGUGAUGCCCGCCAAGGCCAGGUCGCCAGUCGACUACGAUUCGCAGGAUGAAGCCAAUACGGAGCUGCUGGAGAAGCUCAAGCAUUUGGAUCGACGCGUCGAGGCGGUGGAAAACGGCAAUGGAAUCUGCAGUCGCAGCGCCGCCUGCUGGCAAUCGGUCAAAUGGAAAUCGGCGCUAAACCAUAUCGGAUUGCUCGUCUCCCUAUCCAUCUACUGCGGCGUGGGUGGAUUGAUCUUUCGACACUUGGAGCGGCCCGCCGAGGUGCAGCGCCUUACACAGCUUAAGGAUGCGGUAAAGAGUCAAAGGGAGCGCUUCAUGAGCACCAUACUGAACAACAGCGAGGUGAACAAUCUGAACGAGCUGCUGUCCUUUGAGCUGGCCAAAUACGAAGCGACGGUGCAGCAGGCGGCGGAGGGCGGACUGCUUAUAGCGGCGGAUAAAGAUUUUCCAGAGCCCUACGAGCGCUGGAGCAUACUCCAAGCGGUCUUCUUCUCCUCCACAGUAUUAACUACCAUAGGCUAUGGCAAUAUAGUGCCGGUGACAAUUGGUGGGCGUGUCUUUUGCAUUUGCUUUGCUCUCAUUGGCAUACCCUUUACGCUUACGGUCAUAGCCGACUGGGGCAGACUCUUUGCCAGCGCAGUUUCUGUCUUUGGCACGCAUAUGCCCACCAAGCCAAAGUUUACCAACUUCAUAGGCAAGACCUGGUUCUAUGCCAUACUUGCUGUUGGCUUUCUGGGCGUUUAUUUGGCUGCAGGCGCUGGACUCUUGUUGCUCUGGGAGGAUGACUGGACGUUCUUUGAUGGCUUCUACUUCUGCUUUAUAACCAUGACAACCAUUGGCUUUGGUGAUCUGGUGCCCAAGAAACCCAACUACAUGCUGCUCUGCACUUUGUAUAUACUGAUUGGCCUGGCGCUUACCUCCACCAUCAUUGAGCUGGUGCGGCGUCAAUAUGCCACCAGCUGGGCCAAGCUGCAGGAACUGUCCGGACCUAUGGCGGAGACGCUGCGACGUUUGGGCGAAACAGCGGGCACGGGACUUGAUUACGCCACAUUGCAAAAAGUUCUGACGGUGUCGAUGCCCAAGUGGAACAGCAAUAAGAAGAACGAGCAUAACUCGGACAUUGCUGCCUUGGAGGCCAUCACCAAUGCCAUACUCAAGGAGGUGAAAGAGGCGCAAAGCAACAAGGCAAAGGUGCUGCAAAUUGUCAUCUAUGAGUCCUCCGUCUAAUUGCAGCCGCAUUUGCAUUCGCAUUCGUACUUAGCUACAUUUUACGUAUAUCAUAGUAAAAUAUAAAUACAUUUUUUUUGUCUAUUUAGUUAGCUACUAGUUGAGCAUGGUUGAUAAUAUUCGCAUGUAAACGACUUCCAUAAGUUAAUUACACACACAUAUAAUAUAUUAUAUAUUAUUAAAUGAUUUACAACGCUAAAUAAUUGUAAAUGUCUAGGCAAUAAUAUCGCUCAUACGUAUUUGCCUCACGAAAAUUUGAUUAGCUAUGCAUCUUAAACUUAAUUUAAAGUAUAUAUAGUUAAGUAACUAACUAAACUGCUAAUUGUCUUGCCUAAA